AUGUCCGACUUCGACCACUUCGGGAGCUCCGACGAGGAGAACGCCGAAAUCAAGAAGCUUCAAGCUGAAGUGGAGGCUGAUUCCGAUAACUUCGAGAACUGGGAAAAACUUGUUCGCGCCUGCGAGGGCCUAGAGGGCGGCUUGAACCGUAACUCCAGUCCACAGGCGCUUGCAACCCUCCGCGAUGCCUACGACCGUUUCCUGCUCAAGUUCCCCCUUCUUUUCGGCUACUGGAAGAAGUAUGCCGAUCUCGAGUUCAAUAUUGCUGGGCCCGAGUCUGCCGAAAUGGUCUACGAGCGUGGAUGCGCCAGCAUCACCAAUUCUGUCGACUUGUGGACCGACUACUGCUCCUUCAAAAUGGAGACCACCCAUGUCCCACACCUCGUCAGAGAGUAA